CUGAGGCAGCAGCUCUCAUUCUCUCUGAGCUUCUCUGAAUAGCUUUUCUGAGCUAUCUCUGAUUUUUCUGAACACCCCUCUCUCUCUCUCUCUUGAUACCAUGACCACCUGCAGCAGACAAUUCACCUCUUCCAGUUCCAUGAAGGGAUCUUGUGGCAUUGGAGGUGGCUCCAGCCGUAUCUCCAUGAUUGGUGGGGGCUCCUGCAGAGCCCCUAGUGCCUAUGGGGGCUCAGGCUUCGGGGGCAUGUCAGUGACAACCUCCCGCUUCUCCUCUGGGGGGGCCUGUGGCCUGGGAGGAGGCUAUGGUGGGGCCUUCAGCAGCAGCAGCAGUUUUGGGGGAGGCUAUGGUAGUGGAGCUGGUUAUGGCAGUGGCUUUGGUGGUGGUUAUGGUGGUGGCUUUGGUGGUGGUUAUGGUGGUGGCUUUGGUAGCAUGGAUGGCCUCUUGGCUGGUGGGGAGAAAGUGACCAUGCAGAACCUCAAUGACCGCUUGGCUGCCUACCUGGACAAGGUGCGGUCCCUGGAAGAGGCCAACACUGAACUGGAAGUGAAGAUUCGGGACUGGUACCAGAAGCAGAGGCCAACUGAGAGGAAGGACUAUAGCCCUUACUACAGGACCAUUGAGGAGCUCAAGAACAAGAUUCUUACAGCCACUGUGGAGAAUGCCAACAUUCUCCUGCAGAUUGACAAUGCCCGCUUGGCUGCUGAUGACUUCAGGACCAAGUAUGAGACUGAGGCAAAUCUGCGUAUGAGUGUGGAGGCUGACAUCAAUGGCCUGAGAAAGGUGAUGGAUGAAUUGACCUUAUCCAAGGCUGACCUAGAGAUGCAGAUAGAGAACUUGAAAGAGGAGCUGGCUUACCUAAGGAAGAACCAUGAAGAGGAAAUGAAUUCUCUGAAAGGCCAAGUGGGUGGAGAUGUCAAUGUGGAGAUGGAUGCAGCACCUGGAGUGGACCUGACGCGAGAAUUGACUGAGAUGCGAGAAGAAUAUGAGGCAUUGGUUGAGAAGAAUCGUAAGGAUGCUGAGGCCUGGUUCUUUAGUAAGACUGAAGAGUUGAACCGAGAGGUGACCUCCAACAGUGAGCUGGUGCAAAGUGGGAAGAGUGAGAUCUCUGAACUCCGACGCAGUGUGCAGAACCUUGAAAUUGAACUACAGUCACAACUCAGUAUGAAAGCCUCCUUGGAGAACAGCUUGGAGGAGACCAAAGGCCGCUACUGCCUUCAGCUGUCCCAGAUCCAGGGGCUCAUCAGCAAUGUUGAGGAACAGCUGGCUCAGCUCCGCUGUGAGAUGGAACAGCAGAACCAAGAAUACAAGAUUCUCUUGGACGUGAAGACCCGGUUGGAGCAGGAGAUCGCCACCUACCGCCGUCUGCUGGAGGGAGAGGAUGCUCACCUUGCAUCCCAGUUUUCAUCGAGCUCUCAAUCCCCCAAAGAUGUGUCCUCUACCAGCCGUCAAGUAUACACCAAAGUGUUGGAUGUCCAGGAUGGCAAGGUGGUAUCCAGUCAUGAGCAGGUCCUUCGCACCAAGAACUGAAUUCUCUCCACUAAUCAGACCAGAGAAGCCCACAGUUUGCAUUCAGACCUGCUCUAUCCUCUGCCAGCUGGGGGGCAGUGGAUGAUGACCUCCAAGUUUAAUUUACCUCUAGCUUAUUCUCCUUUGUUUCCUAAGCAUUGUGCUGCCCUGUGACUUUGGGCAACCAAUAAAGUUUCCUUUUCUU